GCGGGGAAAGGUGCGGCCCCAUUGGUCGGUGGUGGCGGAUGAGACGGCCCUAUUGGUUGCGGCGCCGGGCGCCACCAUGUUGGAGGGCUCGCGGGGCUGUUGGCAUUGGCAGCGCCGGCCGGGGAUGGCGCGCGGGCGCCGGCCGGGGGGUACUGGAAGAUACUUCAGUGAUGAUAGACCCACAAGAGUGAAAAUUAUGAAUGAAAAGCAUUAACAUCCCCCUCCUGACCCUGAUCUCUAAUAGACUUCCUGUAGCCCUUGGAAAGAGAGGGUCAGGAGAGAAGGGUUGAAGGUCACCAUGAAACUAAAGCAGAGAGUGGUACUGCUGGCCAUCCUCCUUGUCAUCUUCAUUUUCACAAAAGUUUUCCUCAUUGACAACUUGGACACUUCAGCUGCCAACCGGGAGGACCAGCGGGCCUUUCACCGCAUGAUGGCAAGCUUGCGUGUGGAGCUAGACCCCCGACUUGAUCAUACGCUGCAGUCCCCCUGGGAGAUUGCCGCCCAGUGGGUGGUACCACGGGAAGUGUAUCCCGAGGAGACGCCGGAGCUAGGGGCUGUUAUGCAUGCCAUGGCUACCAAGAAAAUUAUAAAAGCUGAUGUGGGCUAUAAAGGGACCCAGCUGAAAGCUUUGCUGAUACUUGAAGGGGGACAGAAAGUGGUCUUCAAACCUAAGAGAUAUGCCAGAGACUACGUAGUAGAAGGAGAGCCAUAUGCUGGAUAUGACAGACACAAUGCGGAGGUGGCAGCCUUUCACUUGGACAGAAUUCUGGGUUUCCGGCGAGCUCCACUGGUGAUUGGCAGGUUUGUGAAUCUGCGUACAGAGAUCAAACCUGUUGCAACAGAGCAGCUGCUGAGUACAUUCCUGAUGCUGGGUAAUAGUACCUGUUUCUAUGGGAAGUGCUACUAUUGUCGAGAAACAGAACCAGCUUGUGCUGAUGGAGAUACCAUGGAGGGGUCAGUCACACUAUGGCUGCCGGAUGUCUGGCCUCUUCAGAAGCACCGGCAUCCUUGGGGAAGGACUUACCGUGAAGGCAAAUUGGCCAGGUGGGAGUAUGAUGAGAGCUACUGCGAUGCUGUGAAGAAGACCUCACCUUAUGACUCAGGCCCCCGCCUCCUUGAUAUCAUUGACACCGCUGUCUUUGAUUAUUUGAUUGGGAAUGCUGACCGACAUCACUAUGAAAGCUUCCAGGAUGAUGAAGGAGCCAGUAUGCUCAUCCUCUUGGACAAUGCCAAAAGUUUUGGAAACCCCUCCCUGGAUGAGAGAAGCAUCCUAGCGCCUCUUUAUCAGUGCUGCAUUCUGUGUCCUCUGUUUCGAGUUCCUCCAAACACAGUCCUAGAGGAGAGGUUUCCAGAGGCAAUUCCCCUUCCAUCCUUGCAGAAGAUUGAACAGCUCCCUGCUCUUCUGGUCUUCAUUCUCACUGAGCCCAGCAUCCGGGUUUCCACCUGGAACAGACUGAACUACCUGAAGAGUGGAGUGCUGAAGUCUGCCUUAAAGACUGCCAUGUCUCAUGACCCCAUCUCACCAGUGCUCUCCGACCCUCACUUGGAUGCCAUGGACCAGCGGCUCCUGAGCAUCCUGGCUACAGUGAAACAGUGCACAGACCAGUUUGGUCCAGACAUUGUGCUGGUGGAAGACAGGAUGACACUCUCCCAUUUGUAACUUUCAUGGAAAACAGAUGGAAACUCCUUUUUUAAAAAACAAAUGAUAGAAAAACAGCACAAUUGGUUCUGAAUGGCUGUGCCCAGGAUGGACUGGAAAUGAAUGGAAACGCUCCUGAGCCAGGGAAAAAAGUGGUGGUGAUCUUUAUCUUUGGCUGACAGCAGCUAGAGAAGGUGGAGAGUUUGGGAGCCCGUGGACAGCCCUGUAGCCACAGUGGCAGCUUCGCCGUCGUGGUGUGUCCAUUGUUGGCAGUGGACGUUGCACUGGGAAAACACAACUGCUGGUGUUAAUGAAAAAGAGAGUGGAAUUCAAACAGUAAUACGUGGGCUGGUUCUAGAGGGGACAAUGGAGAUGGAACACUACGGUCCCCUCCCCAUUCUCUUUCCACAGCCACCCACUCUUAAUAUGCUCUUAUGAGGUUUUAGUCCAAUUCAGGGUUGUAUAUAAUCAGCUGUGAGCUGGUUAGGCAUUUUACUGCCUCUUUAAAAAAAGAGGAAGUGGUAAAUAAAUAAUUAAUAGUGCCCCUUAGUGCCCCCUACUGGGGUAGAAUGUUCUUGCAAACACCAAUAGGGGUGGGAGAUGGUGUGUCUGCUGCUCAGCUAUCUUCUCAUUAAUAAGAUGCUGGAAAGAGGGAUCUGCUUCAGUGAUAACAUUGAAGCAUCAUCACAUAUGAAGUGCUAGUGAAAAUCCAUCCAUGCAAUUGGAAGGUGAGGAGAUGGCAAGCUUUUUUUUACAUCAGUAAGAUCCAUCCAAUGGCUGAUGAUUAAUAUCUGUUCCCCAAGAAAUUACUACAUGGACCAGCACUACUAUCUGUACAUAGGGAAUAUAGCAGAGCAGAUAUCCCCAUGAUUCUAUGUCCACAUUAACCAAAUUAUCUUUGUGUUCUAGCUGAGAAGCAGGAUAAAAUCAGUUCUCAGAGCAGAUUCCGCUUAGCCAGAUCAUUCUUCUUACAGUAGGCCCUAUAAAUGGGGUGAGCAGAGUAUGUAAUACAAACUAGGAACAGGCUUCUUGCUGAACUACACAGAUAGCCAAUAGCUGUGAACAAAGAGCCUGAGGAUUACAGAAAGUAUUGGCUGCUGUGCCUGUGCCGUUGAAGGGCUUAAUCCCCACCACUCCCAUUGGCAAUCACAGUUCUCAGUGCUGUUGGUUUUGUAGAAGGCCAGACAUUGACUUUUGUGGCAGAGCUCUUAAACUGAGCAACUUCAGUUGGCCUCUUUCCUUUUCCCAACUGCUCCUCUAUAAUUCAUGCUGUGAUAUACUGGUUCUCUGAUGGUUGUCUUGGAAUUCUACCAUGUGUUAGUUUGUGGGGCAUUUUUUGUAUGGCAAACUUGAUGCUCAUGAAAAAUACGUGCUGCCUAUAAAAGGGUAUGAUGGAGGAGUUCUAUGCACAUGUUCCUGUGCAUUUAUCAAUGCACCUCAGUUUUGAUUUGAAGCUCUCCUCUUCUGUUGGUCUUGUGUCAUCCUCUAGCAGAGAUUUCAAACUGUUAUAGACUAGCUUGAGGCCACAAAACUCAUCCUUUAUGAUAAAUUGAUUAUUUAAAUCCAUGGCUCCAGAAGCAAGAGGAUUUUUUUCAAUACACUCCCACAUCUACUGGCCUUGCAUCAGUUUGAUGUGUGUAGCUAAUAUGGUACACAAAAGGAUCAAUAAUCUUAUUCAAGCUUCCUCCUAGAAAUAGCAGGGUUGGGGGGAUGCUUUUGUAUGCACUACGUUAGAUGAUACAAGACAAAGUGCAGCAAGUUGAUCUCCAUUUCUGUGCUUUCCCUGGCCUCCUAUGAUUUGUUUAUUUCUUUCUUUAAAUCCGUUCUAAUUGCCGAUUUAAAAAUCUCUUUGGCUUUGCCAUGGUGUGGCUGGCAGUUGGAGAUUGUCCUUUCUGUUGCAGGUGUUUAUCCUCAUGAAAUGCAGCAAGGUAGAAUAGAAAUAAAAAGUAACUCCGUGUUCUAGCUGAUGCACCUGCUGCCAUAGCCAAUCUAGCAGGUAUAAGUGGAGGAGAUUACUUUGAAAAUGCAAUUAGUUUUAUUCAAGAUGGGGUGUUUACACAACCUGUCCUGAGGAACUGCAGAUGCUGCUGUUAAUAGACUAAUGCCUGAUGACGCUUAUCUCCCGAGAGGAGCUGGGCUCAUUUAGAGCAUAAAUGAAAGAGUCUGGUCUUGUUCUAGUUCCCCUCUGGGCCAUCAUCCAUGUCACAAACCUGCUACACACAUAGCCUUAGGACUGGAAUAGUAGUGGGUGCUACAGGAAAGGACUGAAGUGCAUUGACAGCUGAGAGAGAAUUUUGUAUAAUACUUGUUGGCAGUAUACCUGACUUUAAACUAGUGCCUAUCAUUCCAGUUUCACGAGCACUGAAUUCACUCUUCAAAGGCAAACUUCAUUUGGUCAGUGAGUUCUUUCCUACUAUGUGUGAACUGUUCCUCCAGCUUCCAUCAGAGCAGAACUGCUUCAGCAUAAACUAUUUUAUUGUGAGCGUGCAUGGGGAGUGUUGGCUCUUUUCUCCAUCUUUGAGAGCACUCUUCUGUCACCCUCAUUCAUCCCACUAGUGCCUUAUUCUGUGAGUAGUCUUACUGAUUUCAGUGGGGCUACUUGUGGAGUAAGGUACUAUUUGGAAUGAGUGAGGGUAGCAGAAUUAAGCUUUGUUGGUGUGCAUUGGCAUUAAAUAUUUACUGUGAAACCGAAGAUAACUUAUUCAAUGAGAGAAGAAUAAUGAAUGGUGUGGCUUGCAUGAUCUCACAAAUCUGUUCUUCCUGUUUGUUUUGAAGCAUAAGCCAUGACAUCUGAUGGUGCGGGAAGAGUCAAGUAUGUUGGGUGGGAUUGGGAUUUUAAUUUACAGUUGCUCAUUUGCAUUUGGUGGUGGGUUUUUGUUUAAAACUAUGAUCUUGCCACAAAAUGAAAUUAGUGUAAAGAGCUUUGUUUGCUUUCUCUCUGGCUUCCAGAGUGAAAAGUGAGUUGAGAUUUACUAGCCUGCUUUCCCGCACUGUGACCGUCAGAGAAUUAAAGCACUGCAUUUUGGUUAACAAUAAAUGGAAAAGGGGUGAAUAGGCAACUUUGGAGAAGGGUGGAAGCAGGAAAUACAGGGAUGUUAUGACAUGUUACCUGUGAAGGUCAUUGGAAGAGCCUGCUCAGGGCUGGACAUGAGGCUAACAGAGAGAAACACUGUGUCCUUUCUUACCUAAAGCUAGGCUACCCCAAAGUAGAAAUAAAAAUGGCAUCCUUAUGCCAGUGGGGUCUGUCUUGUACCUUUAAAAAUUGGCAUCCCUCAUUUGUAAGAGAUGCUAGGCUUUGUCAUUGAGAUUUUCAUGAUGCCCUCUUAUUCCAGUUGUCACAGUCUACAGAUGCACACGCGGUACAUGACUGGCCCCAGAUGUUCUGGGGGUGUUAAUAGUCACGGUGCAGAAAUCAAGAACUAAUUAAGUCGAGCUUUAUUAGCCUAGUUUUAUUUAUCUCCUGCCUGAGUCGGCAAACAGGGUGGAGGAAACACUCUAAUUUGCUCUUCUAACGGCAUGUAAUGAACUGGAGUGUGUCUUGCCAAACAAACUUCAAUUAAAAAAUAAUAAUUUAUUAAGAUGGUAACUUAUUUGCUGUGGCAGCUGGAGCUGGAAACAAACACCUGUCUUGGAGCUGCCAGAGGAUUGCCCCGGGGAGCAGCUGCACAAAUGAAGGUUGUUAGUAAGAAGAGAAAACAAAUGCAAUCCUGACUUUCUCUUUGUGUUCCCCAGGGACAAACUCUGCAUAAAGAAACAUUGUGUGAAUAAAAAUUUUAAUAAAACAUUGAUGGAUUGUU